AUGUUCCAAGAUACAAAGUCUCAAGCAGUAAGAACUGAUGCCAAAACAGUAAAAGUUGUGGUAGUGGGGGUGGGAAGUGUUGGGUCUGCCACAGCGUAUACGUUGCUUCUCAGCGGCAUCGUUUCCGAGAUUGUCCUUAUCGACGUGAACAAAGACAAAGCUGAGGGUGAAAGCAUGGACUUAAACCACGCAGCACCUUCAAAUACAAGGUCUCGAGCGGGUGAAUAUCCUGACUGCGCUGGCGCGGCCAUCGUUAUUGUCACAUGUGGGAUUAACCAAAAAAAUGGACAAACAAGGAUGGAUCUUGCUGCAAAAAAUGCCAACAUUAUGCUGGAAAUCAUCCCCAAUGUUGCCAAAUAUGCUCCUGAUACCAUCCUGCUUAUUGCCACGAAUCCUGUCGAUGUUUUGACCUAUAUUAGCUAUAAGGCGUCAGGGUUUCCACUAAGCAGAGUUAUCGGCUCAGGUACAGUUCUGGAUACUGCUCGUUUUAAAUACAUCCUCGGAGAGCACUUCAAGAUCUCAUCGGACAGCAUUGAAGCCUGUGUAAUUGGAGAACAUGGUGAUUCGGGCGUGCCUGUCUGGUCUCUUACCAACAUCGACGGCAUGAAGCUCCGGGAUUACUGCGAAAAAGCCAACCACAUAUUUGAUCAGAAUGCGUUCCAUAGAAUUUUUGAGCAAACGCGAGACGCUGCUUACGAUAUCAUCAAGCGCAAAGGCUAUACUUCAUAUGGAAUCGCAGUGGGAUUACUUCGCAUAGUAAAGGCGAUUUUAGAGGAUACAGGGUCCACACUUACGGUUUCAACCGUUGGUGAUUAUUUUGGGGUUGAACAAAUUGCUAUAAGCGUCCCUACCAAACUCAAUAGAAGUGGGGCUCAUCAAGUGGCUGAACUUUCACUCGAUGAGAAGGAAAUAGAGUUGAUGGAAAAAUCAGCUAGUCAGAUCAAAUCAGUGAUUGAGCAUCUGGAGAUCAAUUGA